AUUCGGGUUACGGAUAUCCAUUGCCAUCUCUAUGCACGUCUGCGCCAGCACACAAGGUCUCAACGAGGUGGAGGGGAGCCGUCUGCUGGCCUGGCAGGCUGACACUGCAGCACUGACCGGCAAUCCACUUCCGGGUCUCGCACUCUCGCUUGCUUCGCCGGCCCGACACAUUGAUUGAUUGAUGAGAGGCAUGUGAGGCCAGCAUUUCUCGGCGCGCCGUUGUCCGCUUGUCGCUAGUCGCUACCCUUCGCCUUUUCUGUGCUGCUGCGUGACUGCGUCUCGUGUCAGGCUGUCAGCUAGCUUUGGGGUUGGGGGCGGGGCAGUGGGGCCCUACGGCCGGCCAUGGCCGCCGCGGCGAACACACCUCAGUGUCACCGGCCGUGGCAGCUGGUGGUCCCAGCGAGAGCGAGCGCGAGCGCGAGCCGCCGCACUAGCCGGCCAGCCGCAGCAGCAGGAGUGGGGGCUGGCGGUGCGCCGAACGCAUGGACGGGGAUGCCACCGCCACCUGCAGCUCGGCGGACCGUGAGGGCCAAGGCCGGUGCGGCCGAGGCGCGGCCGUCGUCGCCGCCGGACGCCGUGACCUACAGCGCGAGCAUCUCCACGGACACGCCCCUCCACGAACCCCCCGGGGUCUCCUUCGACGAGUACAUCCAGGACCGCGCGCGCGUGUUCCGCGCCAUGUUCCCCGACGAGAGCAGGAGCCAGCGGGUCGGCGACGGGGAAUGGCGGGUCCACAUGCUGCCGCUGCAGUUCCUCCUCCUCACCGUGCGCCCCGUCGUCGUCAUGCAGCUGCGGCACCGCGCCGGCGGGCUCGACCUCCGAGUCACGGAGUGGGAGCUGAGGGGGCUGGACGCCAGCUACGCGCCAUCCAGCUUCGACCUCGGCGUGAGCGGGUCGCUGUACGCCGACCGGAGCAGGAGCCGCGGGUGCCGGAUGAGGGGCCACCUGGAGAUCGCCAUCACCUGCGUCCUGCCGCCGCCCCUGCGCCUCGUGCCAGAGACCGUCCUGCGCGGCGUCGCCGAAUCGGUCCUGUCGACGCUGGCGGAGAAGAUGAAGCGGGACGUGGACGUCGGCCUCGUCGCCGACUUCAGGAGGUUUCGCCGGGAGAAGGCAGCAGCGUCCAGGGCCACGCCGACGCUGGGCGCGACGGCAUCGGACAGAGACGAAGCCUCUGAGUCUGAAUCCUAGCGUGGUGUGUGUGUGGUCAGUGGACUGCAGCUUCCCUUGGUCUGUGCACAGAGAGUAGUGAACAUGAUACAUUUACAUCUGGUUUCUGCCACGAACAGAUCUGAGACCAGAACACACGGAAACACGGUGGAGUCCGGUCCACUUUCUACGUAUGAAUAGAUCUCUGUAGCAUCUUAUGUAAUCUCCCAUCCCAGCGCAUCCAACACGACUCUGACAUGUACAUCAACACCGCCA